GCAGCACGGCUUUUCCAGAGACAACCACGAGCCAGCGGUGUCUCCCACUCGUGCCUCUGUGCAUACAGAAUGAAUAUUUUUUUCAACUUGAGGGGGACAGUUGUGAGGCAAAUAGCAGAGGAAAGAGCUGUUGCAGCCCCCCCACAAGUGGCAGUCAUGAGUCCUCCACGCCGAUCAUCGAGUUCCCAUGGUGACAGGCCCUCCACCGAGACCCUGCAGAAGAACAACAGCAGUAACUCAGGCGUUAUUCUGGACAUCUCUGCUCUCAAGAUGGCUGAAGUGGAUACAGAGGUGCCUCCUCUUCCACCCCGCUACCGCUUCAGGGACUUGCUGCUGGGGGACCAGACAUUUCAGAAUGAUGACAGGUAUCAGGAGGAGUACAGUAUGGACUCAACCAACGCCCAGGUGCAGGUAGAGUUCUACGUGAACGAAAACACCUUCAAGGAGAGGCUGAAGCUGUUCUUCAUCAAAAACCAAAGGUCAAGUCUGAGAAUCCGCUUGUUCAACUUCUCACUGAAGAUUCUCACCUGUGUCCUCUACAUAGUGCGAGUCAGCCUGGAUAACCCCAAUGGCAGCCAAUGUGCAGUUUGUCGGAACAGCAGUUUGAAUAAUACAGAGGCGGCAGGAAUCAACUGGGACUUGAUUUUUUGGGUGCACAGACGGGAUCCUGUAUGGGCGAUACAGGUGACAGUGGCCUUAAUCAGUUUCUUGGAGACUAUGCUUAUCACAUAUCUCAGCUACAAGGGGAACAUUUGGGAGCAGAUCUUCCAGAUAUCCUUCAUAUUGGAGAUGAUCAAUACAGUGCCAUUUAUAAUCACAAUCUUCUGGCAUCCGUUAAGAAACAUAUUCGUCCCUGUAUUUCUGAACUGCUGGCUAGCCAAAGGUGCCCUGGAGAACAUGAUAAAUGAUUUCCAUCGUGCCAUCCAGAGGACCCACUCUGCUAUGUUCAACCAGGUGUUCAUCCUCAUCUGCACCUUACUCUGUCUGGUUUUCACUGGAGCUUGUGGGAUUCAGCAUCUAGAGAGAGCAGGGAAGCACCUGACCUUGUUUGACUCCUUCUAUUUCUGCAUCGUCACCUUCUCCACUGUGGGCUAUGGAGAUGUCACGCCUCAGAUCUGGCCCUCCCAGCUGCUGGUGGUCAUCCUCAUCUGCGUCGCCCUCGUGGUCCUCCCGCUGCAGUUUGAAGAACUGGCGUACCUGUGGAUGGAGAGCCAGAAGCUGGGGGGGAACUACAGCCGCCACCGGGCCCAGACAGAGAAACAUGUGGUGUUGUGUGUCAGCUCGCUCAAGAUAGACCUGCUGAUGGAUUUCCUCAAUGAGUUCUACGCUCAUCCCAGACUGCAGGACUACUACGUCGUGAUCCUGUGUCCAACAGAAAUAGAUAUUCAGGUUCGCCGUAUCCUCCAGAUCCCUCUAUGGUCCCAGAGAGUUAUCUACCUGCAAGGAUCUGCCCUCAAAGACCAGGACCUGAUGAGGGCCAAGAUGGACGACGCUGAGGCCUGUUUCAUCCUGAGCAGCAGGAACGAAGUCGACCGAACCGCCGCUGAUCACCAGACUAUUCUGAGGGCUUGGGCUGCAAAGGAUUUUGCUCCAAACUGUCCCCUCUACGUCCAGAUUCUCAAACCAGAAAAUAAAUUUCAUGUUAAGUUUGCCGAUCAUGUUGUGUGUGAAGAGGAGUUCAAAUAUGCCAUGUUGGCACUUAACUGUGUGUGUCCGGCCACAUCCACAUUAGUCACUCUCUUGGUUCACACCUCCAGAGGACAGGAGGGGCAGUUGUCGCCGGAGCAGUGGCAGAGGAUGUAUGGACGCUGCUCUGGAAACGAGGUCUACCACAUCCGCCUGUGUGACAGCAAGUUCUUUGGGGAGUAUGAUGGAAAGAGCUUCACUUAUGCCUCCUUCCACGCCCACAAGAAGUAUGGCGUCUGUUUGAUCGGCGUGAAGCGAGAAGACAACAAGAGCAUCCUCCUGAACCCCGGACCUCGCCACAUCAUGGCCUCCACCGACACCUGCUACUACAUCAACAUCACCAAGGAGGAGAACUCGGCCUUCAUCUUCAAGCAGGAGGAGAAGCACAGCAAGGGCCUUCCGGUCCCCGGCCUCUACGACGCCCCCUCCAGGCUGCCUGUGCACAGCAUCAUCGCCAGCAUGGUUGAUCAGGCCACUUCGUUUGGAACCGUAGCCAUAGACCUCCAGCACCCCGAUCCUCCCGAGGAAAGCAGCAAACUGACCCUGCCGACGGAGAACGGCGCCGGAAGCCGGAGGCCGAGCAUCGCACCUGUCCUGGAAAUCGCCGACUCGUCCGCCAUCCUGCCCUGCGACCUCCUCAGCGACCAGUCGGAGGACGAGACCAACCAGUCGGACGAGGAAGGCUCCGUCGGGUCAGAUUUCGUGAAGGGCUACCCUCCCAACUCGCCCUACAUCGGCAGCUCUCCAACUCUGUGCCACCUCCUGCCACAGAAAGCUCCGUUCUGCUGCCUCCGCCUCGACAAGGGCUGCACACAUAACAGCUUCGAGGAUGCGAAGGCGUACGGCUUCAAGAAUAAGCUGAUUAUAGUGUCAGCCGAGACGGCAGGAAAUGGUCUGUACAACUUCAUCGUCCCUCUGCGAGCUUAUUAUCGACCCAGAAAGGAGCUCAACCCCAUAGUGCUGCUACUGGACUACCCCCCAGACAACCACUUCUUAGAGGCCAUUUGCUGCUUUCCAAUGGUUUACUUCAUGGCUGGCACCAUCGAUAACUUGGACAACCUGCUCCAGUGUGGUAUAAUCUACGCCGACAACUUGGUGGUUGUGGACAAGGAGAGCACCAUGAGCGCUGAGGAAGACUACAUGGCAGACGCCAAGACCAUCGUCAACGUUCAGACAAUGUUCAGGUUGUUCCCGAGUCUCAGCAUCAUCACUGAGCUCACACAUCCAUCCAACAUGAGGUUCAUGCAGUUCAGGGCCAAGGACUGCUACUCACUCGCUCUCUCCAAACUGGAGAAGAUAGAGCGUGAUAAGGGCUCCAACCUGGCCUUCAUGUUCCGGCUGCCGUUCGCUGCAGGCAGGGUGUUCAGUAUCAGCAUGCUGGAUACGCUGCUCUACCAGUCGUUCGUUAAGGACUACAUGAUCGCUAUUGCGAGGCUUCUCCUGGGUCUGGACACGACGCCUGGAUCCGGCUACCUGUGUGCCAUGAAGAUCACAGAGGAGGAUCUGUGGAUCCGAACUUACGGCAGACUCUUCCAGAAACUCUGUUCCUCCAGUGCUGAGAUCCCCAUCGGGAUUUAUCGCACCGAGUCGCACAUGUUCUCAACCUCAGAGGGCAAGGACAGUUAUGCACAGUCUCAGGUGUCCAUCAACGUGGAGCAGGGCGAGGAGCAUCACCGCGACCGUGGAGAGUCCUGGAAGGAGAAGACGGCCCACAGGAACUCCACCACGAGCGACCAGUCAGAGCACCCGCUGCUGAGGAAGAAGAGCAUGCAGUGGGCGAGGCGGCUGAGCAGGAAGAACAAACCGUCGAGCAGGGCCGAGCGAAUCUCGCAGCAGAGACUCAGUUUGUACCGGCGCUCCGAGCGACAGGAGCUGUCCGAGCUGGUCAAGAACCGCAUGAAGCACCUGGGCCUGCCCACCGUGGGAUAUGAGGAUGUUUCUAAUCUCACUGCGAGCGAUGUCAUGAAUCGAGUAAAUCUAGGAUAUUUGCAAGAGUUGCAGGACAUUUCAGAGCACCCGUAUACAGAGGGGACCAGGCCGUCAGGGCCACAAGCAGACGAGAUGAACGACCACCAGAACACGCUGUCCUACGUCCUCAUCAACCCUCCUCCUGACACCAUGCUGGAGCUCAACGACAUCGUGUACAUUAUCCGGUCCGACCCGCUGGCCCAUGUACCAGAGGACUCCCAGGUGGGUCAGGCUCGCAGCGGCAGACACCAACAGGACUUUGGCACAGAGACGAGAGACGAGACUCACCUCUGAAACCCCCCCGAGUCCUCGACACCCUGACCCUUAACCUCUGAGCCCCGCCGGGCCGACAGUUCUGGUUCGUCUCCCGCAGAAGAGGGCUCGAGAACGGCUGUCCAUAGUGAAUGUGCAUCACGUAUCUCUCUGAAAAGACGGCGCUGAGAGGCCUGCUGUUUCCCACCGAGCUGCUACAGGAGGAUGCAUGACGAGUGCCUCGACCCCGACUCCCCCCAGCACAUCUAAACUACUAACACACCUCGCAAAAAUCCACCCGAACCCAAGAACCAGGCCCUCAAUCCUCCCAAGCGAAGGACCGAGAGACGAUGCGACGUAGUGAGGGGUCUCCGAACAGUUGAAGGAGGGUUUCUGUGCACAUACAGGAAAUGAAAUCAUCGCUUCGCUGCCCACGUUUCACCCCAGGGUGAAGCUGCCCUCGUCAUGACCUAGGCCCAAAUCCUCCACGCCUGUUUCUACCUAAAAGACUAAACCUCGGGGCAGCUCCACCCUCCUCCACAUCCUAACAAUCAUGUUUUCUAAAGAUGAGGAUAAAUGCGUUGAAUUUCUACCUUUUCAAGCAUUUACCAUGAAGUUACAAAAACAUGUGCACUUUUCUUAAUUUAUUACCUUAAUUUAUUCUUUCAGAUUUUUAUCAGAUGGGAUUUUCCCUUUUUCUUUACGAGCACAAACUUUUUUACGACAAACUGCCAUCAUAUGUGAAUAUACGUGCCGUAGUGGCUCCUUGAUCAGACACGUUAGUGUUUCUUUCUCCGUUUUGGAACUUUGGUUGUGAUUAUUAUUGGAAAAAGUGAAUAUUGUUAAUUUAUUUCACUACGGUAAGUGUCCCAAAUCAUGUCUGCUCUACUGUACGUGCCAUUUUGUUUACACUAUUGCUUUGUAAAUACAGUUAAAUUAUUUGCACAUUAUGCUGCAUAUAUUUUACUCUAUAUUUUGUGACAUCAGUGUUCGUUAGUUUAGUACCUGACCGAAACGUCUUCACAUGAAGCAAAGAAAUGCCAAUAGAAACCCGUUAAAUGAAGGAUACAUUUGUAGAAAUUAUGAAUGAAGCUAAGUUAGCAUUCUGAAGGUAAUAUUUAUAUACACUUGCUACAACACACUACUUCAUUAUAAUUCAGUUAUUUACAGUUUUAUAAGCUGCUUUUUUAUUUUAUAUUUGAAUGUUAUUUUUCUUAGAUUCUUAUUUAUAGCUGUAGUAUCAGUUUAUUUUUCAAGUGUAAAAUAAUCACAUUUUAAGUAAUAGUUCUGAAAUAUGCUUUCUUGAGAAUUAGGUGACACACAGAACACCACUCUCAUAAACUAGUCGACGAUUAGCUUAGCAUAAAGGUGGAGCAAAAUGGAAGCAGGCGGAAGCAGCUAGUAGGGCUACAAGCUAGCAGUUAUUUUCACUGUUGAUUCAUUUAUUUUCUUUAAUAAUCUAUUGGUUGUUUGAUCUAUAAAAUGUCAGAAAAUGAUGAAAAAUGUCAAUUAGUGUUUCCCAGCAGCCAAGAUGGCGUCCUCAACCAUCUUGUUUUGUCCAAAUCCUUAAAUUUGUUCAUGUUGUCGUCACAGAUGAGGAAAGAAACAAGAAAAUGUUCACAACAACUGAUUAAUCGGUUAUCAAAAUAGUUGGUUAUUAAUUUAGCAGUUGACAAAUAAUCGAUUAAUCAGUUGCAGCUCCACUAGCUAGCAGCAUCGCUAAAGCUUGCUGCUGUAUUUUUAACAUGCAAGUUGUUUAAUCAGUGCAAAAAUAUCAAAGUUGUGCACUUUUGUAAGGACAAAUCAAGCAAACCAUGCUAGCUGUUUCCCCCUUACUUUGAGUGUUUAUGCUAAGCUAAGCUAACUGUAGAAUAGCUUCAUAUUUGCUGUUAGACAAGAGAGUGGCGUUAAAGUUCUCAUCUAACUCUCAGCAAGAAAGCACAUGAAUUUAUCUUUAUCAGAAUCAUUUGUUAAAUUAAUAUCAGCAGAUGACAUUAUUAAAUUCUAAUAUCAGUAUCAAGCUAAAACAGUCCAGGAUCGGUCAGGUUUUCUGGUGUUUUUCUUCUUUUAACUUGAGUCCAUUUGAAGCUAAACAUUUGUCCGUUGUGAUCUUCCAGUUCCAUAAACUCUGCGAGGAGUUGCAGUACGACUGGUGGCAGAAAAGUUUUGCACAGAAGUCGACGGGCGCAGUCGAGCCUGCGUCUAUCCUUUAAUGUAACUUCCAAAUUUAUUUUUGGAACGAGCUCAAAACGAAGUGCUCUCCUCUCCGAAGUGUACAGGCAGCGUCAGUAUUCAAUCCUGGGUUUUGCGUCACUGUAAAUAGAAACUUUAAAUAAAUUCAUCGUUCGUUUUCUUUUCGGUCUCUUUUGUGCGAUGAAAAGGGAAAGAGGACUUGAACUAUUUUUGCACUAAAGCUCCGCGGGGAUGUCGACAGCGGAACAGCAAGACCCUUUAAUCUGAAUCUGUGGCAGAAACAAGUAUUCAACCAUUCCUGCGAAGCGACGAUGGUCGAACAUGCAGUAACUGAUCACGCAUUAGUUGUUCUGGCUAACCUGUUGUGUGCCAUUUUUAUUUCUCAUACGUCAAAGAAAUGAGGACGUAAUCUAAGAUGGAUUGUUUUCGAUUUGCCAAAACUAUUAUUAUUUUUCACGGUUUACAGUGUAGGUUAAGUCCUACUGCGGUGAUUUUUUUUUUGCCCCUCAGAAGUGUCAGUUUACAGGGCAGGAGAGUUUAGGAGUGAAAAACGUGAGGAUACAAUCAGUGUGCAGAUCUACUCAUCGCCGUCGCUCCAGAACGAGUUUACGUCACACCUCCUGCUCUACUUACAAUAAUACCACAAGGGGCAUGUUAACACUUAAAAAAUAGAAGCAUGUUUUGAUAUACGAGCUUGCCAAGAACAAGACAUUUUGUACAUUUAGCAGAACACAACGUCCCGUGGCUAGAAAAACCCCAUAAUCCAGUCAACUGCUUGCAAGUUGGAGCCAUUAUUUGAUACUGUGUGUUUAUAUGAAUGGAACGUGCAUGUCAUCUCGGUGUUUAUCCAGAGCCUACAUAUUACGUUUACCUCCACUUUGUUUUUGAGUCAUUGUCAAAAAAAAUAACAAGGGGUGGAUCCAUUUUGUACUAUUUCUUAUGAGAAGUGUUCUUCUCUACAUACAGAAUAUGAACAAAUAAAUGCUGCAUGCAGCCAGAUAUAACGAACGAAAA